UCAGCAACUUUAUACAUUCAACAUCAUGAAGGUCGUAAUCGUUCUCUGCAUCCUGGCUGUGGCAGCAGCUGCACCACAAUUCGGUGGCGGUGGCGGUAACGCAAAUGCACAGGCUGGCGCACAAUCUUCUGCUCAAGGAGCUGGAAACAAUUUUGGAAACAGACGUGGCGGCGGCGGCCUCGGCGGUUUCGGUGGUGGCAGCAGCAGCAGCUCUAGCGCAAGCUCAUCUUCAAGCUCCAGCUCAGGAGGACGUGGUGGUGUUGCUGAGGCCAACGCUCAAUCUUCUUCCCAAACCACUGGCAAUGGAGUGGCUAGUGGUAGUGCUAAUGCUGGUGCAAAUUCCCAAGCUGGAGGCCGCUUGCGCGGUUAAGUCCAAGUUCGUCGAGAUUUUAGUCAAUCGCUUGCGAUGGUUCCCGUUAGAGUUUUAAUUUUGGAUAACUUAUAAAUUUAAAAAGAAAUAAAUGUUUUUGAAUAGUUUA